AUGUCCACCAACAACCACUCGCCCCGAUCAUCACCACAACAUUCAACCCAGCCCAUACAACAACAACAACCACCAACAAACCAACAACAACAACAACGAAGAAACAGUACCGAUAGUCAUCAAACUUCUCUCUCUGCCGUGUCCACCACUUCGACCUAUUUCGAUCUUGAAAAUGCCUUUGAAAAAACCAUCGCAACAAAAUCUCUUUCUCCUUUUUUCUCCAACAACAAUUUAAAUCCUCUUCAAAAAGAUGCUCAAAAGAUUAGAAAUUCAUGGAUCAGUAGUGUCAGUCAGCUUUCUUCAAAUAUUCCUUUUACAAUUCCUCAUAUUGAAGUGUAUGUGGAAAAGUGUGAAAAUUUACCGUCCAUGACGAGUAGUGGAUCUUGCGAUCCCUAUGUUGUUCUUUCUGUCAUUCCAUUAGGUGACAAUGAAUUACGUGACUUUUCACAAAUUCCUUCCGAAGAGUCCUGUAAGAGUUCCAAAAUUAAAAAAUCAUUCAAUCCAGUGUGGGAUGGAAAAGAGAGAUUCUUUUUAGGAUUUCCAGGACUCGUGAAUCAAUCAAAUAAUAAUUAUUUUAACAAUUCAGUUUCUCAAUCAUUUAACUCAAAGAAAACACAACAAAAAACUAUUUCAACAUCAUUCAAUGAGAGUAAGAGUAAAUCGACGGAAAGUUUACUGUCAUCAACAACUACGACGUCACCCUCAUCGUCGAACAAUAACAAUAUCAAUAACUCUCCUCAUUCCUUAAUUCAUUUCCAAAAUAAGAAUUAUUAUUUAUUAAUCCAAGUUUUUCAUUAUGAUCGAUUGAAAAAGGACUCUUUUAUUGGUUCUGCAAGAAUUGGACCUCUUUCUAAAUUACCUUAUGGAGUCAUGUUAUCCAAGACAGUGUCACUUCACGAGGCAGGAACCAAUGCCACUUGCAGCAUUAAAUUAAUUGCUCACAAUUUUGGACUGACAUGGGAAGAAUUUGAAGAAAUGGAUUCGAAUGGAAAUGAUGAUUUUUUAACCUUUAAACCUGUGUGUGCAGAUCCCGUAAAAGCAGUUUUGGACAAAAUUGUCAACUCUCGCUAUGCCAAUCAAUUUCCAAAUCCAAAAGAUGAAAUUCGAUUUGCCACCAUGCUUGCCGACAAAACUCAUCUAUUACAGACCUACCUAAAUAAGGAUUGGGUUGAAAUCAUUCCCACCGCCACUCAUUCUCUCAAAAAACAAAUCAUUCAUCAUUCGACAGACACUUCUCCAAGAGGAGGAGGAUCGACAUCCCAUCACCAUGCCCAGAGUCAUUCUCAGAGUCAUCAGAAUCAUUCUACGGUCUCAAUAAUGAGUGGCAGCAACAGCAGUAAUAAUUUAGAUGCAUCUGCAGCAAGUUCCUCCUCUCCUUCUCAUAAUGAAUUAUUGCAUGAAGCUCCAUCAUCCUCUCAUGAAUUGAUUUGCGACGAACAAGUUGGAGUUGGUUCAGCAACAACAACAAGUGGAGAGGAAUGUGUGAAUCCUUCCACUGGAAGAAUUAGAAAUCGAACAACCAUGACAAGUAGUGAAGUGAAAACUGUUUCAUUCAUGAGUGGUAGUGGUAACAACAGUACUGCAGUGGUGACAUUACCACAACGUAGUCCACAUGCAUUUGAUGAAGAUAAUGAAGACAAUGAUGAUGUUGAAGAUGAUCAUGUGAAUGACGAUGACUCUGAACCAACCGAUGGAUCAGAUUCUGAAGAAGAAACAGAAGAAGAAACAGAAGAAGAAACAGAAGAAGAAACAGAAGAAGAAAAACAAGUCAUGAAUGAGUUUAUUCAAGAACAAAAGAAACAAUUAUUGAAAGGCAAGGUUGAUAUUAAAUUGAUCAUUGUCGAUCAGGAACGAGAUCAAAAAUUGAAAAGUUCUGCUCGAAAAUUACUCUCACCCAUUCUUUCGAAAUUUACUUCAGGAAAAUCAAUUUCUAAUUUUGGAAUGUUUCACAGUUCAAUUCUCAUUGGAAAUUGGAUUCUCGAAUGGAAUGAUAGUGCAUUGUGUGUACCAAGAAGAACUCUUUCAAAAGCUGCCUUAUUUUGUGCAGAUCUUGAACCAAUUACAACUUUGGAGGAUUUAGAUGUGGUCAUUAACAAACUGGCAGACGUUAUUGUGGAGUGGAAUACGACUAAAAAGUAUAAGCCAAUGGGUGGUAAUCGAUGCAUCUAUGGAAAUUGUCAAGAUUUUUGUGAGGCAGUCCUCGCGAGAAUUGGUGUAGAUUUUCAUAUCAAGAAUCCAUAUGUGAGACACUUCUUUGAACAGUUAAAGAAGAAAGGUUCAACAGAUUUGAAAUUAUAUUUCCAAAAGGAGGAAGCUGUAGUGGAAAAUUCAUUUGCGAACAAAUUCAAAUUAUUGAGCGCAAGUGGUGGAAGCAACUCGAUCAAAUUUUCAACUCAUGAACAGUUGGAUCAAUUUGUUUUACGAUGUUUAAGAAUUGAUCCAGAAAUGAAGACUAAUUAUCCAGAUGUAUGGAGUUUACUGAAAGGUUUUGAUCGAGCAUUCUGGCUUCGACAUUUGGCGUGGGAAGAAAUGAAAGAAAAGAAACGAAGAGAGCUUGUCUCUGUCGAAAGAAACUUAUUCAAAAUUUCACAGUUGCGACGUGCUAAAAAGAUCACUAAUGAAGAUGUCGUGACAGAAAAUCGAUUAUUUGAGAGAGCUAACGAAAUUAAGAAAGAAUUCGAGAGAAUUGAAAAAGAGGGAAAACCAGUGCGCCCUUUCAUGGGCAAGCAGUUGGAUGAAAGGAAGGAACUUGUCGAAGUUGAUCUGUGUCCAUUCUCUAAUCCUUUAACGACUUACUCCAUAAGGUUGUAUCACUAA